AUGCCUUUCCAACCAUACGCAGAUCGACACAAGAACUUGAAAGGCCCUGGUGAUGAGCGACCGACAGCAGAAGAGGUUGUCAAAGAUCAGGGACUAGUUGGUGGCCUUAAGGGACGGACUAUCUUCAUCACCGGAUGUACGUCAGGGAUUGGGAUCGAAACUGCUCGAGCCUUGUAUCUUACGGGAGCCAACAUCUACAUCACUGCUCGAGACACGAAGAAGGGCGAGCAAGUAGCCAGCGAAUUCGCUACAGAUCCAUCUCGGCCUAUCCAUGUCGUUGAAAUGCGGCUCGACUCUUUCGACUCCAUUCGUGCUGCAGCGCAGAAGUUCUUGGCUGCGGAGUCCAAACUGAAUAUCCUCAUCGACAACGCCGGCAUCAUGGCAUGUCCGAAGGGCACCACCGUCGACGGACAUGAAUCUCAGUUCGGAACGAACCACUUGGGACAUUUCCUCCUCUUCCAGCUUUUGAAGCCAGCGCUUUUGUCCGCAGAAACUCCAGAAUUUCCAUCUAGGGUAAUAUCGCUGUCUUCAACUUCUCAUCGAAACUGUUCAGGACUUCCAUUCGACGACCUCGACUUCUCCAAGAGCGAAUACAACCCGGGAAUAGCAUAUGCGCGAUCCAAGCUAGCGAACAUAUUCUUUGCCAACGAAUUGGAUCGUCGCUAUAAAGACUCGAAUCUGCGGGCGUUCAGUCUUCAUCCGGGAAGCAUCAAGACUCCUUUGCAGCGUCAUGUUCAGGAUGCGGACUUCUAUAAGAAUGCUAUUGGCAAUCCAGAAUACCAGGCACAGACGAAGAGUCCGGAGCAGGGGGCGGCCACGACGGUGUGGGCGGCAUUGGCCAAGGAACUUGCGGGUCGAGGUGGCAUAUACCUUGACGAUGUUGGCGAGGUUGGUGUGGCAACACCUGAAGGACCUGCUUGGAGAUCUGGGCAUGGUCAACAGAUUUACAACCCUGAGGACGAGAAUAAACUGUGGGAGUUGAGCAAUAAGUUGUGCGGCAUUCAAGAGGACUAG